UUGCCCCCUCAGCCUCUAACUACCCCCCUUAAACUGCCCCUAUUUGCCCCAUCCUCUUAUCUGCCCCCUGACCGCACUGCGCAUGCGCUCUGCGCCACCUUGUACGGCGGAAACGCGGCCGUAGCGGGGGACCGCAUUCUACGUGGGACCCACCGGAAGUGCCCUAACGAGCAGCCGGAAGUGGGGGUGUCGGUGGGCGCCGCACCGGGGCGGCGGUGAGAGCGGUCCGGCCAGGCCCGGCCUCCCCCGGUGCUCCGGGACCCCCCCCCCCGUUAACACCCACCCGGAACUAUGGCGGAGGCGGCGGACACCGGAGGCUGCGGCACCGCCACCGUCACCGAGACCGGAGCCGCCGAGCCGGAGAACCGCAGCCUGACCCUGAAGCUGCGCAAGCGGAAGCCGGACAAGAAGGUGGAGUGGUCCAGUGACACCGUGGACAAUGAGCACCUGGGCCGCCGCUCCUCCAAGUGCUGCUGCAUCUAUGAGAAGCCGCGAGAGUUCGGGGAGAGCUCGACCGAGAGCGAGGAGGAGGAUGAGGAGGAGGAGGAAGCAGCGGGGGGGGGCGGCCAGGGGGGGGCACGAUGGUUGUGGCCACCUCCAUUGCAUCAGGGGACACAAACGGGGGCAGAGGCAGCGCGGGGAGGACACGGGGGGGCCCCAAGCGCAGCCCCCUGGGCCCCCGACCCCUAUGGAGCACUGAGGAGUCCCCUAUGGAGGCUUCUGGAUACCCCCCCCCCCAUCAAAUAUUGACUGGACUGGAAUCCCCCCUCCCGAGCAUCACAUCAGGGGUUGACUCCCCCAAAUCAAUGCCUGAGCCCCUGAAUCAAUGCCUGAGCCCCCCCCCUCCAAACCACCAUUGCCUGAACCCCAACCCAUCACUGCCUGAGCCCCCCCCUCCAAUCAACACUGCCACCCCCCACAUGCACCCCACUGUUUGGGGGGGGCCUUUUGGGGUGCUCCCCCCCACCCCCCCAACAUGGCACCUGUGGGCAUUAAAGGUGGCAUUGCUGUGA